CGUGACACCAUUCGGUUUGAUUCUGAGAAGCCGAAUGAGGCCGAGGGAAGCCGACGGAGGCCGAGGCUGAGAGCGAGAUUGAAUGAACCAGUAGAGCGCAUAAGAGCGCGUGGUGACGUUAUUGGAUAAGGUUAAACAUUAUGGGAUGCCAGAAAAUAUGCAGGGAAUCUGAUUACGAGACAAUAUAUUUCGUCAUCAAGCAACGAAGCAAAUGUUAGAAAUGACUGAGAGAGCUUCCUUAAAUUUAAUAUAAAAACUGUGAUUCAUUUCAAGCGAAGAACAAUUAUUCGCAGACACAGCAUGCAUUGGAUCAAGAUCUCGUGUAUUCUCUGUAUGUUUGGGUGCUUUAAAGACUUCCGACCUUCUGAGUCUUUCGUGACGAAUUAUCUGACUGGGCCAUGGAAAAAUUUUACAGACGAGCAAGUGAAUCAAGACAUUUAUCCUGUCUCCACAUACAGUUACUUAGCGACAUUGAUAAUUGUGUUUCUAAUCACAGACCUUGUCAGAUACAAGCCUAUCAUCAUACUCUGCGGUCUCUCCGGCAUUGUCACAUUCCUUAUGAUAAUACUUGGAAGAACUGUGCUGGUGUUUCAGAUCCUCGAGUUCUUUUACGGUCUAUAUUUUUCUACAGAAGUGGCAUACUACACAUACAUAUAUGCCAAAGUAGAUAAGAUGCACUAUCAAGAAGUGACAAGCCACACUAAAGCAGCCACACUGUUUGGUCGCAGCAUGUCAGGCAUUAUAGCACAAUUAACAGCCUCCUAUGAUCUACUGGACUAUCACCAGCUCAAUUAUCUAACUAUUUCAGCCAAUGUUUUUGCGACGAUCUGGGCAUUCUUCUUGCCUUCCGUGGACCAAUCGAUAUAUUUCCAUCGCGCCAGCAUUUCCGACGGGGAGCAGGGGGAGGGUAAAGGGCCGUUCGAUUAUCAAUUGACGAGUGAGCCAACCAAGUAUCGCUGCUUUGCGAUAUCAAGAACGCCACUGCGUAAGAUCAAGAAUGCGUACGCGCUGCUGUGGAAACAUUUUUUGCAGGCCUACACCAAUUACCGCGUGAUCAAGUGGUCGUUCUGGUGGGCUCUGGCCACCUGUGGUUAUCUGCAGAUCAUUAGUUAUGUGCAACUGUUGUGGAAGGAUGCCGUGAAGCCGGGUGACAUGAUCUAUAACGGCGCGGUGGAUUUUUUCUACGCGAUCAUUGGUGCAGGGACCGUAUUUUGUAUAGGGAAGAUAAAGUUAAACUGGAACCUGAUAGGGGACGUGACGUUGUCCGUAUUUUCGUUUCUGGAAGGCGUUAUAUUAGUGACAGCUUCUUACAAUGACAACAUCUGGUACCUGUACGGUAGCUAUAUCAUAUUCGGCGUGAUUUAUCACACUAUGGCUACUGUUGCAAGUUUCGAGAUCGCUAAGUACAUAUCCGAGGAUAGUUAUGGCCUGAUAUUCGGAGUGAACACGUUCUUCGCACUAUUGGCGCAGAGUCUGCUAACGUUCAUAGUUGUCAACAAGCUCAUGCUGAACAUUCGGCAGCAGUACUUCGUCUACGGUGGUUACUUCGUGGUCUUGUCUAUGAUGUACAUUUUGAUGGGUGUCGUUAACAUUGUGCAACAUUAUCGAAGCAGCGAGAAGUUUCGUGUACGGACUAGCGACAAGGAUAAAUCUCUAUCCGCGACGCAAAACGCGAGUAGCGUGAGCGACGUAACGUCGUUCAAGUCUGAGCACAAUGGUAGUUGAGACAAAUGCAUCUUAGCUGGCAAUCGUAUUAGUAAUUUGAGUUACACAUUGUUCUUUAUACACAGUUUUGUAUAUAGUUUUUGAUUUGUUGAAUGAUUUUAUUUGUGAUAUGGUGUUGCUAAUUUUUUAUAAAAUAUUUUUAUUAUCUAUAUAGUCAGUGUUUUUUCGCGACGCAUUGUUGUUCCUGAGAACUUUAGAUAGAUAUUAGUAUUGGACAUAUCGUAUACACAGUAUAUAUGCAGUAUUAAAUUGUUACAUAGAAUUUCUUAAAACACUGAACUAAUAUUUUAUUAUAGAGAAAGAAUUAUCUUCUCGUUUAAUUUCAAUUUUAUUUGAAGAAAAGCAAGCCCUAAUGUAUUAACUUAAUAUUAUUAUUUUCUGACGAGAGAUAAUUGGAUCAAUCGUAUUUAUACGAGAAUACGAAUAAACGAUCUAAUUGCAUUUAUCUUCAAAUAAGCUCGCUAAAAAAGGAGAAAUAAUCGCAAUCGUGAAGGAUUUCCGUUUUAGGAAAUCAUCUGAAUACAUAUUUCUAGUGAUUGUGGUUUUGUAAUGUUGAAUAAAAACCCUCGAAUAAAAUAUUAUUUUAAAAUUGCGAUUAUUCUCGUGAUCCCGUUUUUUCGUUUAUUUCCUCGACGAAGAUAAUAGCUUUUACAUAAUAGCGAUCGUUUGAUUUUAAAAAUACGAGACGAUCAAUAGACCGGUUGUUUGAUAUCGGGACACUUGUUCGCUUUAUCAAGUUUAUAAUCUUCGGAUCAGAUAUACGGAAAGAGAUUCAUGCGAGCGUUCUUUAAUUAAAAUUUAUUUUCAAGCCUUGUAUCUCGCGCGAAAAUCUCUCAAACAACAAAAAGACAUUUUUUAAAUUAAACAGUGAUUAUAUUAAUUUUUAUUAUAUCAAACUCAUUAAUUGAAUUGUAUUAUAGAUUGAAUUAAAUUGAAAGAUUUCAGUUAAGGUUUUAGAGGAAAAACCGAAUUACAUGUCAUUAAAUAAUGGCAAUUAAUAAAAUUAUUUAAUUUUUUAAGAAUUGAAUUGUUAAACUGCUUAAUAUGGAAAUCUUUUACCGUAUUAAAUUUAUUAAUUAAACUUUUAUUGUACUGGAUGGUC